GGAUUUCUACAAUUUCCCCGCUUUGGGAAAGAGCAGCUGAGCCAUUAGGAGCUUUCCCACUCCCUCUUUUUUGUGCAGGUGUCUGCAAGGAGGUGGCGAUGGUGGAGAAGCCACCGCCGGGUCUCCCGGUGACUUUUUACCAGGAGUCCCCGAAUGGCGUACUGGUUUCUGUUAUCAAAACCACCUCUGUCAAGCCGUUCUCCAGGGGCAGAGAUGGGGAGCUAGCACUCCCCCCGCCCGUCCUCAUCAGACCUGGCUUCAGCGACUUCAUGGUUUACCCCUGGCGCUGGGGAGAGAAUGCCCACAAUGUGACCUUUAGCCCGUGUGGCUCUGCCAUCCCUUCAUUCGUCCAGCAGCCCCGUGGGGGGCCAGCUAGAGCUUGCAGCGGGGAAGAAGAGGAGGCGAGUAGCAGCAGUAGCAGCCUCAAGGAUGGGAGAAGACGUGGCCGACCAAGAGCAGAAACAGUUCGUGACCUAAUAAAUGAAGGAGAGCAUUCUUCUAGCAGAAUACGCUGCAAUAUCUGCAACCGGGUGUUUCCACGAGAGAAAUCACUACAGGCACACAAACGAACUCAUACUGGUGAAAGACCUUAUUUGUGUGACUACCCAGACUGCGGGAAAGCCUUUGUUCAGAGUGGGCAACUCAAAACUCACCAGCGUCUUCACACAGGGGAAAAGCCUUUCAUCUGCUCAGAGAACGGGUGCGUAAUCAGAUUCACACAUGCAAACCGUCAUUGCCCCAAACACCCAUAUGCCCGGCUGAAGAGGGAAGAACUCACAGUCAGACUGAGUGAAAAACAGAAGGCUGACAAUAAAGCUGCAGCUGAGUGGCUAGCGAAAUACUGGGAGACUAGAGAACAGCAUGCUCCCACUUUGAAAAGUGAAACAAUCCAGAAAAUGGAUCAGGAACAGAAGGACCGGAUGGGAUUUCUUCAAUCUGAUGAAGAGGAUGAUGAAGAGAAAAAUAACGCUCAUUCAACAGCUCACCGCAGCCUCCAGGAGCAGCGUGAACACAUGCAUGGUGCAUUGGCUCUUAUUGAGCUUGCAAACCUAGCUGUGGCACCACUGUGACAGUAGCAUAGGAAUGGAGUCUGCCUUCAUGAAAUGGUGGUACUUGGUGGUUCUUAACCAGUUAGAUCCUGGGCAUAAUAUAAGCACCUUAUUUAUUUAUCAUAGGCUGCUGUUCUGUAGAAUUUAUAGUGAUUGCUGUUGCCCCAUAAUAUGGGGUGAUAGAGUUGCACUUUUUUGUAAGGUAAAAGACAAAUGUAAAGUUUAAGUAUCUUGUAAAUAUGGAACCACAUAAUGCAGGGUGGACAAACUUCAUGUUGUGAGAAGCUAGAAUUUUACAAAAUUAACUCAUUAUUUGAAACUUUUCACAGGAAGCACUUUCUGAGCACAGUUUGUGGUUAGCAGAAUGGU